UUUGUCAAAUUUGCCAACAUUGAGGAAGAUACACCUUCGUAUCACAGACGCUAUGACUUCUUUGUGUCUCGGUUCAGUGCCAUGUGUCAUUCAUGUGACCACGAUCCAGAAAUACAAACUGAGAUCCGAAUUGCUGGAAUCAGGGGCAUUCAGGGAGUGGUUCGAAAAACAGUAAAUGAUGAACUUCGAGCAACUAUAUGGGAACCUCAGCACAUGGACAAGAUAGUACCAUCAUUGCUGUUUAAUAUGCAGAAAAUAGAAGAUAUUGACAGCAGACUAGGCCCUCCGUCCUCUCCUACAGGAGGAGAGAAAGAGGAGAAUCCUGCUUUGCUGGCCGAGAAUUGUUUCAGGGAACUACUAGGACGAGCAACCUAUGGAAAUAUGAAUAAUGCUGUCAGACCAGUUUUUGC